AUGACGAAGAAUCCCGUCAACCACGGCCGCGCUAAACACAUCGACAUCAAGUACCAUCACAUCCGUGAUGAAGUCAAGCGCGGCGAAGUGAAGCUUGAAUACUGCGAGACAACGUUGAUGUUGGCGGACAUCAUGACGAAGGGACUUCACGGACCGUGUCACAGAGCCUUGACAGCGGCGCUUGGCAUCCGCACGUGUUCGGAUUGA